UGGAGCCAAUGUGCAAAUCCCCAGUGGCCUGCCCAUGAUGGGCCAAUAUGGGUGCCCACAUCGGCCCUCAUUGACAUGUCUGCUGGGCAGGACCUUGGGACUUGUUCUCUUCUCUGGAUGUGAGGGUUCACAAGUGCCUUACCUUGUGUCUUUGACAUGAACUAGUGUUUUCAGUCUAAACUAGUCUGUUUUCAAUUACUCUUUUCAACCAUUUAUUAAUCUCGGGUCAAACUGGACCUUAUAAGGGGUGUAAAUGUGUAGGGGGAUGCGUGGAAUCUGUUUGUACAUGUUCCUCACAGGAAACAAGCCAAGGCUACCAAGUUACCAAAUUUCAGGUUUGCGGAAGUUGGAGAAAAUGAUUUGCUCUAUAUUUGUUUUCCUUUAUUAAAAAUGACAAACGGGUCAAUUUGACCCAAGGGCCGCACAAGGGUUAAAAUCAUUCUCACCCCUGCUCGUGUUUAAUUCAAGCACUGAGUUUAAAUUCAGCCACGACUUUUAAAUUCAGACAGCAAGCCAGCAGUCGCACACGCCUUUCUUUUCGCUGCACGAGCAAAAUACAUAUAACCACAACACCUAAUGAUGUACCAAUAUAUAGCAAUAUAUCACUCAGUACCAAAGCCGUUAACCGCUCACAGCCGUUCACCGCGUCAGUUCACCGAGGACGUGCGCGCGCACAUCCAAACCUUACGACCGAACUGACACUAAUUUUUGUUGUUAGAUAUUGAUUUGCUUUCAAAUACUGAUUUACUCUUUUAAAUAGAAAGCCUGCAGUGACUCGACCGAAUACAGAUUACACGAAACACCCGUACUCUCCUAUCUACAAGCACUUCCUCUAUGCUAAACGGCACUAGGGGACAUGCAGUGUCCCAAAGCCACUGUUAUUAACUAAUUACCGCAUUAUUUUACUUUCGGUAAAUCCAUAUAAGCGAUAUAGAAAUAAAAUACAACCAACCCAAAUAUUAAAAAUAGUAUGUGUUUUUUUUUCUUUUACGCGCCAAUAAAGCCACCGGUCACAAAUAUGUGCAGGACUAGUUUUCCCAUAAUCCUUUUCGGCGUCGCGCAUGCUCCCUGUAUCAUCCACCUUUCAGAAUGUCAACAAACAGAAACGUAACCUCGUGCUGAAGCUGUGCUUUCUCACGUCUCCGGUAUGAUCGUGUAUGUCCGCUUUAACUCCAAUCAUCCGGUGGAGGUGGAGGUGGAAGAGGGAACGAGUGUAUCGGAGCUGAAGGAGACGGUGGGCCGGCUGCAGGGCGUUCAGCCUGAUCAGCUGCGGGUCAUUUUUGCUGGGAGAGAGCUCUGUAGUGAUUCCACCCUACAGGCUUAUGAUCUGCCAGAGCAGAGCACGGUACACGUGGUGCUGCCUCCAGCAGGUUCAGCACGCCGCUCUGAGCUGGUGUUGCAGCGCAGGCUGAGCAGAGGAGUAGACAGUCUGACCCGAUUGGACCUCAGUGCCUCGCGACUGCCUGCCACCUCCACUGGCCUCGCUGUCAUCCUGGAGAAUGAGGACUCACACACACAAACAGGGCCCAAACCCCACAGCACUUUCUAUGUGUACUGUAAGACGGUGUGCAAGUCUGUUCAGCCGGGAAAACUACGCGUCCGUUGCCGAACCUGCAAGCAAGGAACCCUCACACUCAGCCGGGGACCCUCAUGUUGGGAUGACGUGCUUCUCCCAGAUAGGAUUCAUGGUGUGUGCCAGUCGGAGGACUGUGAUGGCCGAGUGGCGGAGUUUUAUUUGAAGUGUGCUGCCCAUCCCACUUGUGAUGAUGACACAUCAGUGGCACUGGACUUGAUCAUGUCCAAUGUGCGCCAUGUCCCCUGCAUCGCCUGCACCGAUGUUGUGAGUCCUGUUCUGGUGGCUCAGUGUGCCGAGCGUCAUGUGAUCUGUCUGGAUUGUUUCCACAUGUACUGUGUGACCCGACUGAGCGAACGACAGUUCAUCCAUGACCCUGUGGUGGGCUACUCACUCCCCUGUGCUGCUGGUUGCUCUGACUCUCUUAUUAAAGAGUUGCAUCAUUUCCGGGUCCUGGGAGAUGAGCAGUAUGAACGGUACCAGCGCUAUGCGGCGGAGGAGUGUUUGCUGCAGAUGGGGGGAGUGCUUUGCCCUGCUCCAGGCUGCGGGGCGGGUCUCUUCCUCGAGGAUGAACGCAGGAGGGUGCAUUGCGAACUGAAAGAUGGCCUCGGAUGUGGGUUUGUGUUCUGCCGGGACUGUAAGGAGGAGUACCAUGAGGGUGAAUGUAGACAGCAGUCUACCUCUGCAACAGGAGGUCCCAUGCAGGUAUGCCACAUACACACAGGUUAUGUGGUGGAUGAAGACGCUGCCCUGCAGGCCCGCUGGGAACAAGCUUCUCAGGACACUAUAAAAGAGACGACGCGGCCCUGUCCCAAAUGCAGAGUCCCUGUGGAGAAGAAUGGUGGCUGCAUGCACAUGGUGUGUCCUCGUGCACAUUGCAAGUUCGAGUGGUGCUGGCUGUGCCGUGUGGAGUGGAAUAGAGAGUGUAUGGGCAACCACUGGUUUGGAUGAGCUGCACAUUGCUAAAGUUUGCACAUACUCAGGGAAGUGUGUCUGUGGGGAAAUAUUUGCACAGUAGGCCACCAGCUGCAGCAUACACAGAAAAUCAGAGUAGAAUCAGUAUCAGUGUUAUGCAAAUGUGAAUGCCAUCCAGGAAGCUGAACUUAACACAUGUGUAUCUAAAUAGAAAUUAAAAUACAAUUUCAGAUAUAUCAGGCAGAUUGUCUGUCAUAUUUGGUUGGACAGUGUGAUAUUGACUGUGUGUCCUGUUAAAUGUUAUUAAAGUAUUUAAAUUAAA